UCCGCUCCCCCCCCUAGGGUGGCUGAGGCCAUGCCGCCGCUGUCUUCCUUGCUGUGCGUCCUGCCGCUGCUACUGCUGCCGCCUGGAGGGACGGAGGCGGCCGUGACCCUGGAGGACUUCUACCCCUUCGGCCCGGAGCGGGGGGACGUACAGACGGCGGCCCAGGACGACGGAGGCUCGGGACUCCUGGACAUCUCGGUGGCGUUCCCCUUCUUCGGAGACAGGCACACGGGGCUCUAUGUGAACAACAACGGCCUGGUAUCCUUCCUCAGGGAGGUGUCCCAGUUCACCCCAGUAGCAUUCCCCAUCGCGGGGGACCGCCGGGUAGUGGCGCCUUUCUGGGCUGAUGUGGACAACCGGCGGGCGGGACACGUCUUCUACCGACAGAGCCACGAGCCGGACAUCCUCCGCCGUGCGGCCACCGACAUCAGGAUGCAUUUCUCCGACUUUCCUGACUUCAACGCCACCUGGGUGCUCGUCUCCACCUGGCACAAAGUCACUUUCUAUGGUGGCAGUUCUACCACGCCGGUGAACACAUUCCAAGCGGUACUCAUUACUGAUGGCGAGGUCUCAUUUACCAUCUUCCAGUACAGCAACAUCACCUGGACCACCGGAAGACAUGCCAGUAGCGGGGGGGAUGAAAAUGGCCUGGGAGGCAUUGCAGCGCAGGCAGGUUUUAACGCCGGCGACGGCAAGCGAUACUUCAACAUUCCUGGCUCACGCACCCAAGAUGUGACCCAUGUGGAAACCACCACCAACGUGGGCUUCCCUGGCCGCUGGGUUUUUCGCAUAGACCACGCCAACGUGGAGGUGGGCACUUGUAACGACUCAGCGUCGGUGUGCCCGCAUCUGAGACCGUGCCUUAACGGAGGCCGCUGCAUCGACGACUGCAUCACGGGAAAUCCGUCCUUCACUUGCUCCUGUUUAUCGGGAUUCACCGGGCGACGAUGCCAGAUCAAUGUCGACGAGUGUGCUUCGUUGCCUUGCCAGAACGGAGGAACAUGUCUAGACCUUGUCAACAGUUUCAGCUGUCAGUGUCCACCUGGAUACACCGGGUCUCUGUGUGAAACAGAUGUGGACGAGUGCAGGGAUGGGCUGUGCCUCAACGGCGCGCUGUGCGUGCAGACCGCCGCCAAUUUCACCUGCGUGUGCCUGCCAGGUUACACCGGCGUGCUGUGCCAGACAGAGAGGGACAAGUGCAACUCACAGCCCUGCCUGAAUGGAGGCCAGUGCAUCAAUCACGGCAGCAACUUUACCUGCAUUUGUCCCGCGCCAUUCACAGGAGUCGUCUGCGAGUCAGAGCUGAUGGAGCUUCAGUUCAAUUCAACUGUGUCCCAAAACCAAACCGAGGAAUGUCUGUGCCAAAAUGGCGGCGUCUGUGUGGACAGCAACGGGACGUGCAAAUGUCCCGCCUCCUACACGGGACUCUACUGCCAGUUCGAAGUGACGCAGAUGCCGUGCAGCAACAAUCAUCCGUGUCCAGACGGUGGGCCAUGUUUGGAGUACGGGGGUGCGUACUUAUGCACGUGUCAGACCAGCCCCGCAGAACGAGACCAGCAGGACUUUUACCCUUAUGUACAGCCCCGAUCCGUCUGCGACUCGACCCCGUGUCUCAACGGCGGCUACUGCUACGAGCGUGACGGAGGGUACACGUGCCAGUGUGCCCACGGACACUGGGGCAAGCACUGCGAGAAAGUGCGACUCAACACAUGCGCCUCUGGUCCGUGUCGCAACGGGGGCUCGUGCAGGGAGGAGGCGGGCAGCUACAGAUGCGUGUGUCCUUACAGGUUCACUGGGAAGCACUGUGAAGUGGGGAAGCCUGAUCCAUGCGCGUCCAGUCCUUGUGUGAAUGGAGGGACAUGCUUCCACUACAUCGGGAAGUACAAGUGUGAGUGCACCGACUCCUUCACUGGAAGACAUUGUGAGGUCAACACUGCCACCGCCAUGCACCGUCACACAGAGGUGGGUUGCGGGCCACCGCCGCAGGUAGAUCACGCCGAGGUUCAGUUUUCGUCCACCUUGCCGGGAUCGGUGGCCAUUUACCUCUGCCGGGCGGGAUAUGUUGCGGUACCCAGAGCCACGCAGAGUGUCUGCGGCGUCCAGGGCGACUGGAGCCAGCCCCCCGUCUGUGAGGAACUCAACGAGUGCUCGUCUGAGCCAUGCGUCAAUGGCGGGACAUGUCACAACCACGGAGAGUCUUAUGUGUGUGACUGUGAGCAAGGCUAUAGCGGGAAACAGUGUCAGACAGACAUCAACGAGUGCUUGUCGGAGCCUUGCAAGAACGGAGGAACCUGCGAGAACCAGGCAGGGUCCUACUUGUGUCACUGCCCAGCGGGCCUCAAAGGGCGCCACUGUCAAACAGAGCAGGACAGCUGCGAGUCUAACCCAUGUCUGAACGGCGGCGUGUGUCGUGCCUACAAGAGGACAUAUAUGUGCACGUGCAAGGAUGGCUUCUUCGGCGACCAGUGCCAGAUGUUGGAGGAUCCCUGUGUGCUGCAUCCCUGCGGCAGCAGGGGUGAGUGCAGAAGCGACAGGAGAGGAAACUACAACUGCGUGUGCAAAGCCGGACACACCGGGAAAGACUGUGAGAAAGAUCUGCUGCCACCCUCGGGCCUGCACGUGCAGCGUGUGGAGGAGAGCGAGAUGGAGCUGCGCUGGGACCAGCCGGAGGCAUCCUCUGCAGCGUGGCUGACCGGCUUCGUGGUGACGUACGCGCCACAUGGCCGCGGAGGCGCUCGCAAGGUCGACUUUCUGGACCGGCAGAGCCGGUGGCACGUCCUGCGAAGUUUGGUGCCUGGCCUGCUCUACAACAUCUCCACCUACUCCAUCAAGCGAAAUGCCAACAACGACCACGUCAGCAGGCCAGCCACCGCUCUCAUACGUACCAGGCCUCGGCGGGUGGAGCAUCUGCAGGUCUUGAACGUGUCAUCGUCUGAGGUGUGGCUGAGCUGGAGCCUCAACAUCAAAACGACUCGCCACGCGCCCGUCAGCAGGAUUAGAGUCACACUCACGCCCGAGGACGGCGGUCAAGCGCACACGGCCCUGCUCAACGCCACCAUCAGCGAACACGCCUUCAGUUCUCUACUUCCUGCCCACAAGUACACAGUGGACGUGUUGACCCAAAGUGGACUCAGGCCAGACGAGUUUCCCUCCACAAGCCACUCGGCAGGACCCUUGCACUUUUGGACCAAGCCCCUCCCUCCGCAGAACCUGUCGCUGGCCCACGUCACCGCCAACUCGGCCGCCAUCACCUGGACCCCCGACCCGGGGCUCGUAUCCGACGGCUUUGUGGUGAACGUGACGCGAGGGCUGACCACCAGGAGCCGCUUCCUACCCGGCGGCCUGCUUGGCUCGUACACGCUCCGAGAGCUGACGCCAGCUCAGCUCUACCGACUCGCCCUGACUUCCGUCAAGAAGGCGGGACAGGAGCAGGUCCAUAGCCAGCCUCAGUACCUGGACUUCAUCACCUUGCCGAUGGAGCCCAGGCCCAGAAGAAGAGAACGCCCGACCAAGGUGGGACGAAGGCCGUCUCAACCUCAGGACCUGGGAGGUGGAGCAGAACCGAGGUACACUGAAAUGAUUGACAGGAGGGGAAAGAUCACAGCCAAGUUCACACACUUGCCAAGAAAAGCCAUUCGACAUCGGAACAAACCCCAGCCGCCGGUUCGAUUGGAGAGGAUGGAGGAGACCACAAAUAAAAUCAGCCUGGCACUCGAGAUUCAGGAGCAGACCACAUCCAGGGCAAAACUUGAGUCGGCCCAAGACUGUCUCAGUGUGCCAUGCCUAAAUGGCGGCACAUGCAGAAAUGGUGGCGACUCACAUGUCUGCGACUGCACCACUGGGUUCAAAGGCACACAGUGUGAAUUGUCCUGCCAGCGAGUGCCUCACCCGUGCACUCGCCUCUACUCGGAGACGACGAGCGUGCCCGUGUGGGAGGGUGACGUCUGCCACUACGUGUACAAAAGAACGUAUAAAGUGCAGCAGGAUGUUUGCUACCAAGAAGUUUGUGAAUCAACCCUUCUGAAGAAAAGUCAGGUAACUGUCAGAAGAACAAGCAGACAACAGUAAAGAACAUUUGGAGGCCGGCGCAAAGACCGUCACAUUGGAAAUGUCCAUGUUUAAAAAUGUACUUGAACUAGCUGGUUGCAAGAUAAGAUAAGGCUGCGCUGGUGUUGUUGAUUCCGCACAAUCCUGUCAGGACACACUGUAACAUUUCAGACUCCAGAACGUCCGACAAUCUCAUCGCUACUCGCAGGAAUUCAUCUCUGCCUCUCUCAGAUGAUGCUGCAGUGUUUUCUUUGUAAAAUAUCUUGAU